GAUGGAAAACACACAACAGAAGGAUGACACAGAAAGCUCUUUGACCGACCGUCUGGCUGUAUGACGCCAACGCCACCAGUCCUUUACCCACUCUCGCAACGAGACCAUGUCACGCGCGCGGCAUUCAAACUAACUGGCCGUUAACGAAAUAAAUUUCGAAUUUAGAAUCGCUGGAUGAUAGUGUUUUGGUUUUGUUUUUUUUUUAUAAAAAGGGCUGGGAAAAUAUUUCCAGCCAACGUCCAAAGAUAACAAGUGAUAGUGAUAAGCGAUCGAUCUGUUUGCCCACGUUUUCGGCAAAUUAAAAGUGUAGUGCAGUGAUGCAUUGUGUGAGAACUUGGAAUCGGGUUCAGGUUUGAGCGAGUUUGCUGCGGCCGGUAUCGGUGGCCGGCGCGAUGGAGCACGCGCUGCAACAUCGCGAGCGCGUCGGCGUGCAGGACUUCGUGCUGCUCGAAGACUAUCAGUCUGAGGCCGCCUUUAUUGACAAUCUGAGGAAAAGGUUCCACGAGGGAAUUAUAUAUACGUACAUCGGCAACGUGCUUAUCUCCGUGAACCCUUACAAGAACCUGCCCAUCUACACCGAAGAAAAGAUCAAGCAGUAUUACAAGAAAGCCUUUUUUGAGGCACCUCCACAUGUAUUCGCGAUCGCCGACAACGCCUACAGGUCACUAGUUUACGAACACAGGGAACAAUGCAUACUGAUCUCAGGCGAAUCCGGCUCUGGAAAGACCGAAGCCUCCAAAAAAGUUCUAGAAUACAUCGCAGCACGUACCAAGCACCUUCGGACCGUCGAGACAGUCAAAGACAAACUGCUGCAGACCAACCCCUUGCUGGAGGCCUUCGGCAACGCCAAGACAAACAGGAAUGACAACUCUAGCCGCUUCGGAAAGUACAUGGACGUCCAGUUUAAUUAUGAAGGCGCUCCGGUCGGAGGCCACAUCCUCAAUUACUUGUUGGAGAAGUCCCGCGUAGUCAGCCAGAUGAGAGGCGAGAGGAACUUCCACAUCUUCUACCAGCUGCUGGCCGGCGCGGACCAGGAGAUGAUGAACUCCCUCCGUCUGCAGGGAAGACCAGAUGCUUACAAGUUCUGCGACACUACGGAUUCGCACACACAAGCAUCCAAGAUAAACGACGCCGACCAGUUCCGCACCAUCCGCGACGCCAUGAAGGUCAUCGAGAUCGGCGAAGCUGAGCAGGCCGAGAUCUUCCAGAUUGUUGCCAGCGUUCUGCACUUGGGAAACGUCAAAUUUGUGCAGAACGACAAGGGCAAUGCGGAGAUCUUGACGCAUGACGCUAGCAGCGGCAAUGUUGCUGAGCUUCUCAAAGUGGACUCCACAAAACUGCGUUCAGCCCUCACCAGUCGUACGAUCGACGCCCGUGGAGAUGUGGUCAACACUCCCUUAGAUGUCGAGCAAGCUCAGUUUGCCAGAGACGCCCUAGCCAAAGCCAUCUAUGAUAAACACUUCAGCUGGCUUGUGAAGAGAUUGAAUGCUUCGCUGGCGCCCGCUCAGUUUAGUGACAGGGAUUCUGUUAUCGGCAUUCUGGAUAUCUACGGAUUCGAGAUCUUCCCUAAGAACUGCUUCGAGCAGUUCUGUAUCAACUACUGCAACGAAAAACUGCAGCAGCUGUUCAUCCAGCUGACCCUCAAGCAAGAGCAGGAAGAGUACCUCCGCGAGGGUAUCGAGUGGGAGCCGGUCGUCUACUUCAAUAACAUUGUCAUCUGCGACCUUAUUGAGGCCCGGCAUCAAGGUAUUAUCUCGAUCCUGGACGACGAGUGCCUGCGGCCUGGAGAUGCUACGGACGGUAGUUUACUCGAGAAACUGAACCAGCGUCUAGAUAAACACAAACACUACAAGGGUCAUCGCAAUGUCGACACCAAGACGCAGAAGCUGAUGGGACGAGAUGAAUUCUGCAUCGUCCACUACGCGGGUGAAGUGACGUACAGCGUGAGAACCUUCCUCGAAAAGAACAAUGAUCUACUGUUCCGAGACAUUCAGGCCCUCAUGGCUACUAGCGGGAACACCAUCGUCGAACAAUGCUUCAAGGACGCCAACCUGAGCAGCAAGAAGAGGCCCGAGACCGCCAUCACGCAGUUCAAGAACUCCCUCAACGACCUAAUAAAGAUCCUCAGCAGCAAGGAGCCUUCGUACAUCCGCUGCAUCAAGCCCAAUGACUUCAAGAUGCCUAUGCAAAUGGACGACAAGCUGAUCUCUCACCAAGUGAAGUACCUCGGUCUGAUGGAGAACCUGCGCGUGCGACGCGCCGGCUUCGCCUACAGGCGCACUUAUGAGGCCUUCCUCGAGAGGUACAAGUGCCUGUGCGCAGAGACGUGGCCGGUGUGGCGCGGGCCAGCAAGCGACGGUGUGCGCAAGCUCGUUGAAGUCAUGAACUACGAACGCGAAGAGUACAGGAUGGGCAACACAAAAAUCUUCAUUCGCUUCCCCAAGACGCUCUUCGAGACAGAAGACGCGUAUCAAAUGAAGAAGAACGACAUCGCGACCAUCAUCCAGAGCCGUUGGCGCGGCUACUGGCAACGCAAGCAGUACCUUAAGAUGAGGGCGGCCGCCAUUAUCAUCCAGAAGUGGGUCCGGCGGUUCCUGGCGCAGCGAUUGCUGGCUAGGAGAAAGAAGGCUGCUGAAGUCAUCAGGGCUUUCAUCAAAGGCUUCAUCACACGCAACGGCCCCGAGACGCCGGAGAACCGCCGGUUUCUGGGGAUUGCGAAGGUGCACUGGCUGAAACGGCUCGCCACCAGACUGCCCACCAAAAUCCUGGACCUCAGCUGGCCGGUCCCGCCCGCCACGUGCCAGGAGGCUUCCAAAGAGCUGCAGAGGCUGCACCGAGCACUUCUCUCCCGGAAGUACCGCCUGGCGCUGUCGCCGGAGGACAAGAAACAGUUCGAGCUCAAGGUUCUCGCCGAGAAGAUGUUCAAGGGCAAGAAGAACAGCUACCCAGGCAGCGUCUGCAACCUCUUCGAAGUGGACCGCCUCAGCAACGAGCUGCAAGUUCUACGUGGAACGUUCAUGGCCUCUGCUGCUUGGCCCACGGGCGAGAAGCUCAUCUAUUCAAGCGAAGCCAUAAAAUACGACCGACGAGGCUACAAACCCCGCGAGCGCGCACUUCUCGCCUCUGACAAGGCCUUGUACGUCCUCGACGCAGCUGGACGAAAGACCUUCAAGCUGAAACACCGGCUGCCACUUGACAAACUGAGGGUCAUCGUCACCAAUGAGACGGAUAGCUUGGUGUUGAUCAAGAUUCCGCAAGAGCUGAAGAAAGACAAGGGUGACCUGAUCAUCUCGGUGCCGGAGCUGAUCGAGGCGCUGACCAUCGUCACCGACUACACGAACAAGCCCGAGCUCAUCGAAAUCGUUGACACUAGGACGAUCGCGCACAACCUGGUGAACGGCAAGCAGGGCGGCACCAUCGAGGUGAUCAACGGGCCGCAGCCCGCCAUCCAGCGCGCCAAGAGCGGCAACCUGCUCGUGGUGGCCUCUCCCUAAACGUACCGACCAGUAUUGAGAUUAUUGAGAGCAACAACUCUUCCUCAUGUUUUUAUUUUCACCACUCCGUAAUUUAUUCUUCAUCUACACCUUAAAAUGUCUAUAUCUUGAAAAUGAACCUUACUGUUAGAAGAUUAAGGUCGAAAAUGUACGUAAUAACUUUAAAUAUUAGCAAAACAAGUCAUCUGAGACUCUGAGAGUGCCUUUUAUGAAAUGUCCUGGCUGGCAGGUCCAUUUGUAUUCAAGUAAAAUGUUUACAUAUUUUUCCUGUAUAACCUAAGUAAAAAUUGUCAUGAUUACUGAUAUCUAUAUAUUUAUUUAAUAUGACGUCAUAUAAUUAUUAUGAAUCCAUUUAUGUAUAAAAUACUUGUUGUUAUAUUUAUAAUCAGUUUUGAAAGUAGGUUAUUAUUUCUAAUGUCAUGUUUACAUUAUGCAAGUGACUAGACUUUUGGUCAAAUAUGAUGACAUACAAAUGCAAGUACCUAUAAAGAAAAAGUCGAAACAAAUAGAAUUAAUGUUGAAAAAACUUUCCUUUCUCUUUUUAGAAGAGUUAUCAGAAACGGUGUUCUAAAAAUGAAUUUACAGGAAACAC